AUGCCCAACAUCAACUUCUCUGCACCUGUGAUCCGACUUGGGACGUCCGGCCCUUCGAAAUCAGCUACUCCGGACAUGAGCAAGGAACGCGAGGCUCCGGGAAGGCGUGCGGGUUUGGGUUCGACGAAUCUUGAGUCUCAGCGCCAGAAUGUACGAGAUGCGAUGAUGCAGCUGCAGCCUCCGACAAGGGAAGAGAUCGUAAGGACUAUCUUUGUUGGGGGUAUCACCGAGGGCGCUGGCGGCGACGAGGGCAUCGAGAAGAUUUUGCGGUCCGCUGGGAACCUCAGGCGGUGGAUCCGCGCUACGGAUGCCAAUGAUAAGCCAUGCAAGUUUGGCUUCGCAGAGUACGAGGACCCUGAAAGUCUCGGUACUGCUGUAGAAAUACUAAAGGACGUGGAAGUGCCGGUCAAGAGACAAACGCCAUCCGAGGAGGGCGACAAGAAGGAGGAGGAGGUGGAAAAGAGCACACUACUGGUGGUCGUUGACGAUAGUUCCCUGAGCUAUUUGGAGCAGUACGAAAACUCCAGAGGCGAACAAGACCCGGCGGAGCGUCAGGCGCGGCUCGAUGCUGCGCGUAGCAAGCUCGCCAAUGUUCUCUCCGAGCUUUUCCAUCCAACCUCGCCCACCCGGAAGGAAGACUCCUCCGCCAUCGAUCGUGAAGGAGACACCGCAAUGAAGGAUUCUGAAGGCGCCGAUGGCACCUCAGCUGAAGUUGUCACCAUUCCAAUCACUAUUGAAGACGAGCUGUCCGACAUUCCUCCUGAAAUGAGGGAGACUGUUGCCAAGGAGAUUGCAGCUUUCCGAGAGCGCAGCAACCGCAGGGAUAUUGAACGUUUGAAGCGAGAGGAGGAAAUUGAAUCCAUGGAGCGAGCACGGAAUGCAGGCUCGCGCCUUAAUCGUCUGGCUUCACCCCCACCUAGCGCUCCUAGUGGACCGGCUGCCGGGGCCAAUGGUGUGCCGCUUGGUCCACGAGACCGUGGCAUGCCAAACGCACCUUCGGGGCCUAAGGGAUUCGGCGUACAGAUCCCCAAGGAUUACCAGAAAGGAGUGUCGUUUGUCAACGGUGGCGCAAUCAACGGCGCGACUGUGGUCUACACCGAUAGAGAUGAUGAGGAUACUGAUGCAAGUGACGAGGAGCUAGAACGCCGACGUCAAGAAAAGAGAGAGGCUGAAAUGGAGAAGCAGUUCCUUGACCAGGAACGGCGAUGGCUCAAUCGCGAGCGGAGCAGGACUGCAGCUCUGGAGCGUGAGAAGAAGCGGGAUAAGGAGGAGGAGGCCAAGGCGCAAGAAAUUCGCGAUGAGGCUGAUCGGCGGUAUCGGGAAUGGAACGACGACAUCGAGGCCAGUCGCAAGGUGGAGGACUAUUAUGCCGAUCGGGGCGCAUGGCUUCGGAGCCGUGCUGCCUUCCGUGCUCGUGAGAUCACUAACGACGAGGCUGACCGUGCGGCCGAAGAACGAGAGCGCGCUCGGUCUGCGCAGCAACGCGAGCAGGCACGUGGCAUGGCGGACGACUUCCUCGCGCGCCAAGCUGAGGAGCUGGAGGCACGUACCCAGGCGCCCAGGGAGCCGCAGCGCUUCAAGCUUUCUCUUGGCGCUGCAGCCCAGAAGGCUCAAGCCGCCACCACCCGCCGGACUGUGGCCGAAGUGGAAGGACUGCUGGAGGACGAAGAAGAGCCCCAGGCGACCGCCAGACGACCCCUCAUUCCCAUCAAGUUCGACAGUGCUGCCGAAGCGGCCGGUCUCUCCGACGAGGAGCGGGCGCAAGCCGCUCGACAGCUGGCGGCAGAAAUCCCCACCGACAAGGAAGGACUGUGGAAGUGGGAUGUCAAGUGGGAGUUUGUGGAUGAGUCUGUGGUCCGAGAACAGCUCAAGCCUUUUGUCGAGAAGAAGAUCGUGGAGUACCUCGGAGUGCAGGAGCAGAUGUUGGUGGACGUGGUGGAAGAGCAUGUCCGGAAACACGGACAUCCUCAGGAGCUUGUGGAACAGCUGGAGGAGGCACUUGACGAAGAGGCAGAAGUACUGGUCCGCAAGUUGUGGCGGAUGAUUAUUUUCUUCUCGGAAAGCGAAAAGAGAGGUCUUUCAGCAUGA